GUAUCAGUUUUGUCCCUUGCUCUUGUUCUCUGAUUGGCCUAGCCAGUAGUAGCCAAUUUGUUGGAGCUGGUUGGGAAUGGCGUCGAAACCGAAAUCAAAUGGAAAUUCCAAAUGCAACAAAGGAUUCGCUGACAGCUAUAUGCUGUUGAAUCCUGAAGACGCUCAUUUCUUCGAUCUUGUUCAUGUGCUGUAUUCCCGUAACUUGGGAAACCGAAAAUUUGUGGACAGCAAUGCUGAGGGAUCUUAUGAGGGAAGCUUCCGCCAAAGAUGGCUUAUAUUCGUCUCUGUGGUGCUCCAGAAGCUUCUGUUGCUCAUCGCUAAGCCACUUUCGUUCUUUGGCUCUUGCGUUGAGUUCUUCAUCAACCUCCUUGUCCUCAACGGUGGCUUCAUCAUGAUCGUUAUUAACUUCCUCACAGGUCACCUGGUCGUCCCCGAUCGUAAUGCACCAAAUUAUUUGUCUUGCAUCGGAAAUUUGGACGCGAGAGUAAAGUUGGAUGCCAUCACGCGUGAUGACUGCAGGUACUAUGUUUCAUUAGCUAUGAUGGCUUCAAAGGCAUCCUAUGAGAAUGCAGCUUACCUUAAAUCUCUAAUAAAAAACCACUGGAAGAUGGAAUUCGUGAGAUUUUUUGAUUGCUGGAAUGAUUUUCAAGAAAAGGCCACAACCCAAGUCUUGAUUGUUUUGGACAAGCAUGAGAACCGCGAUACUUAUGUGGUAGCUUUCCGAGGAACGGAACCCUUUGAUGCAGAUGCAUGGUGCACUGACCUUGACAUCUCAUGGUACGGGAUUCCCGGCAUUGGAAAAAUGCAUGGUGGCUUCAUGAAAGCCUUAGGGCUACAGAAAAAUGUGGGGUGGCCUAAGGAGAUUCAAAGGGAUGAAAAUCUUCCCCCGUUGGCCUACUAUGUUAUUAGGGACAUUCUAAGGAAAGGUUUGAGUGAAAAUCCUAAUGCAAAGUUUAUCAUUACGGGUCAUAGUUUGGGUGGAGCACUCGCAAUCUUGUACCCUACGAUCAUGUUCUUGCAUGAUGAGAAGUUGCUGAUUGAGAGGUUGGAAGGGAUCUACACGUUUGGGCAACCAAGAGUUGGAGAUGAAGCAUAUGCACAGUAUAUGAGACAAAAAUUGAGGGAAAAUUCUAUCAGGUAUUGCAGGUUUGUUUAUUGCAAUGACAUAGUUCCGAGGUUGCCCUAUGAUGAUAAGGACUUGCUCUUCAAGCACUUUGGGAUCUGCCUUUUCUUUAACAGGCGCUAUGAACUCAGGAUUCUCGAAGAAGAGCCGAAUAAGAACUAUUUCUCGCCAUGGUGUGUGAUACCCAUGAUGUUCAAUGCUGUUUUGGAACUAAUAAGGAGCUUUACCAUAGCGUACAAAAAUGGACCUCACUAUAGAGAAGGAUGGUUUCUCUUUAGUUUCAGGUUGGUUGGUCUGCUGAUUCCUGGCUUACCUGCUCACGGUCCACAAGAUUAUAUUAAUUCCACUCUUCUGGGAUCAAUUGAAAAACAUUUUAAAGCAGAUUGAUGUGUCCGUAUACAUGAUCAUUCCAUACCACUACGUACAUGUGUAUGGUCAUGCAGACUAAAAUUUACAUAAUCAAGAUUUUUAGUUUUAGAAAAAAUGGUAAUAACACUUGAUUAUGUAUCAUGUGAAGAAUAGUUAUGUAUCAUAAUGAUCAUGAAUAAUAUAACAGUUUGUCGUCAGUACGAGUUAUUGUAUAGUAAUUAAUAAGCUAGGUUUAAAGUUGUUUCCUUUGGUGCAUGGAUUUAUCAUUAAUGAGAUCAAUGUGAAGUUUGUUUAUUUCACGGCUGGAA